GCCGAGUCCUGGAAGCGGAGCUCCGCGCUGGGACUGGUUCCUUCGCAGCCAUUUUCUGUCCAACCAAACAGCCGAUUGGAGACGGGAGCCAACCAGGGCUGCAUUGGAGGUUGAAAUUGGGCAGAGAUUAGACACCUUUUUUAGGCAGGUGUUCUUGAGUACCACUGACAACACGGUUCUCAGCGUAUUUCAUGACAAUGGAUGGUGACAGUUCUACCACAGAUGCUUCUCAACUAGGGAUUUCUGCAGACUAUAUUGGAGGGAGUCAUUAUGUUAUACAGCCUCAUGAUGAUACUGAGGACAGCAUGAAUGAUCAUGAAGACACAAAUGGUUCAAAAGAAAGUUUUAGAGAACAAGACAUAUACCUUCCAAUCGCAAACGUUGCAAGAAUAAUGAAAAACGCCAUACCUCAAACGGGAAAGAUUGCAAAAGAUGCCAAAGAAUGUGUUCAAGAAUGUGUAAGCGAGUUCAUCAGCUUCAUAACAUCUGAAGCAAGUGAAAGAUGCCACCAAGAGAAGCGGAAGACAAUCAACGGAGAAGAUAUUCUUUUUGCCAUGUCUACCUUAGGCUUCGACAGUUACGUAGAACCUCUGAAACUAUACCUUCAAAAGUUCAGAGAGGCUAUGAAAGGAGAAAAAGGAAUUGGUGGAGCAGUCACAGCUACAGAUGGACUAAGCGAAGAGCUUACAGAGGAGGCAUUUACUAACCAGUUACCAGCUGGCUUAAUAACUGCAGAUGGUCAGCAACAAAAUGUUAUGGUUUACACAACAUCAUAUCAACAGAUUUCUGGUGUUCAGCAAAUUCAGUUUUCAUGAUCUGAAGAAAUGAUGGAACGGAGAGUAUAGAGAACCAAGUCUGUAUACAGAUUCUGGAACAGAGACAUUAGAAGGAACUGACUGGUGAAAAUAUGUCUCUUUGUAUAUUAAAUAGCUGUAAUGUAGCUUCCCAAUGCUUGACUAAUUGAGGUGUUAAUUCUGACUUGAGAAUCUUUUUCAUGAAUGAUUUUAAAGAAAAAUUUGGAUUUUAAAGGUAUUAAAAUAUUUUUGUUUUGUACGAGAGUUUGUUGCUCUGUAUGACUCCUGUAUGCAUUGUAUAUUGCAAUUUAUUACUGUCAGAGAUUUGUAGACAGUUUCUUAUUUUCAUAUUGAAUCAUGUUACUUUUGUAAUUCAAGUAAGCAGCUGGGUUAAUUCAUGAUGUUUGCCCUUUUAAUAAAAUAUAAGGGUAGAGUUCAUUUUGAAUGCAAGUUGCCUUUAUUAUAAAUUUGAGUUUGUCUUGGUUAUAUAAUAUCUUGCAUGAUAACCUAGCUAGAUUUUUAGCAUUUGCCAUAUUUAUUAAAAAUUAACUUUUUUGUAAAACAUUCAUAGCUUAAACAGUACCAUUUUUUUUUAAUGUAAUUGAGAGAUUAAGUGUGAAUGCGGAAGCAACUAUUGUCUGCCCUAUUCAACUUGGUGCCCGUUAACAGUGUUUACACUGUUUCUUGUGCCUGUUAAGAUAGUUUUAGUUUAUUGGAGCUUUUGUUAAGACAAGAUUUGUUUUCGAGUUAUAUUAUUAUGAGCGUUGGAAUUCAUAAGUUUAUUGUAGUCCUAGUGCUCUAGAAAUGGUGCCCCUUUCAUUUUGUAUAUGAUUUUUCCAAAGCAUAUCUGCAAAUACUACAUAAUACCCUCUUCCAGAAGAGGAAUUUUAGUCUGAUGGUAAAUGUCCCCAUUUUACCUUUUUAAUUGAAAUGUCGAGUUUCCUAUUUUACUGUGGGAACCAGGAAAUGUCAGACAUCAUUGUGUGUGUACAGACCUUUUUUGCAUGAGUGAGUGAAUGAAAUGAAGAGCAGAGUGAGUGCUGUGAAUGGUAUGAAAGAGAAGCUGCCAACUUGUAGUGUGCUGUCUUGAUCUUUGCAAUAAACUAAAUUUAGAUAAUGUAACUUUGUAUAAUUUAAUAGCACUGCACUUGGGUUGUUGCUUUUUUAAAGUGAGGAGAUUUGUAUUUUCUCACCUGUUCU